GGUCGCGCCCCACGCAUUCAGCGCCUCCCAGGAUGGUGGGGGCACGAGCGGGGGCUACAAUAUAUAAACGUUUGCGCGCCGCGCGGGGCCCUUCUCUUUUUGCUUACGAAUCCAUACUGUCGCGGUUUCUACUUCCAUUGCUCUGUAUCUACUUAAAUAUUUAAUAGUAAACCUGUUAUCUACCAGUCUACUUGAGUUGCUUAUUCAAGAUACCUAGAAGUCCCUACACACAUACACAUUUGCUGAACUAUUGAACAGCUGGUCCUUCCUGGAAGAAACCGUCUUGACGAAGAAGCCGACCAUUUUGGAAUUGGAUAACCUACACAGCCACGUGCCAAGUCAAAGAAUGGUCAAAAUACUGAGUGAGUCCGUUCCAUAAUCCUUUUAUCAUUCCUCUUUUCCUCUGGGAUUAAUUAUAGAUUCGUUUUGAGCCUUAUUUUAAUCAUUUCAUACACCUCAAAUGUGAAUUUAAGCCACGUGCACAGCUUACAGCAUCAAAUAUUUCAAUUCUUGUCAUUUAAAUAGGUCAAAUUAAUAGGUUAAAUCUUUCCGAUGCAUAAUUUACAUUAAAAUAAACGCUUAUCGCACGGCCAGGCGGCCGCCUAUUGUUCUCGCCCGGCCGGCCUUUUGUUCUCGCGGUCGGGCCGCAUUCCUUAGCGAUCUACGGCAGUUUACUGCAUUUGCAUAUUUUAAGUAAACAACUUAUCAAUCUUUUAACCGAUUUCUAUAUUUCUUCAACUUAUUUCACCAAGCUUUAUAGCACUUUAAGCCAUGGCAGAACUUAAAAAGCUUUGUAAAACGCGCAGCAGCAUAAAAGCAAAGCUCACGCACUUCACGAACUUCAUUAAUAUCAUAAAAAGUUAUAAAAUAUUAUCUCUUCCGCAUAAAAUCGAACUUAAAAAUAGACUUAAGGUGAUCGAUGAUGCUUACGAAGAUUUUAAUAAAUUACAGACGGAGAUCGAACUGCUAUCGGAUGAUAGCGAGAAGGAAUUUGCAGAACGGGAGCAAUUUGAGAACUUAUACUAUGAGAACUCGGCCUACGCUCGCAGCGUGCUGGAGAACCCGCUGACCGUUGAUGACCAGGCCGAGCCGGGCUCAAGUGCAAAGCAUGACUUCUUCCGCCUUCCAGACAUCAACCCGCCUUCUUUCGACGGAGAUUUUCAACACUGGCUCGAGUUUCGAGAUAUGUAUAUUUCUCUCAUACACAACAAUGACAGAAUUAACGAAAUAAGUAAAUUUCACUAUUUACGCGCGUCUCUUAAAGGCAGUGCAUCUUCGGUUAUUCAAAGUCUUGAAUUUACCGCUUGUAAUUAUAAAAUAGCUUGGCAACUUUUGACAGAAAGAUACGAUAACAAUAAGAUACUAAUUACAAAUCAUAUACAAGCAUUAUUUAAUGUAGAACAAGUUCAAAAAGAUUCAUCUAAAUCAUUACGCAAUCUUAUAGAUGUCACUAACAAGAAUUUACGUGCCCUUAGUGCUCUAGGGCAACCCACAGACCAGUGGGACAUUUUAAUCAUUUUCAUGAUGGCAAAAAAAUUGGACUUUCUUAGUAAUAGACAGUGGGAAGAAUACAAGAAUACAUUAACUGAACAACCAACUUUAAAACAGUUUUGUAUCUUUUUAAAUAACAGGGCUGAGUUAUUAGAGACAUUACAUAGUAAUAAAACAAUUAACAAAAAUACUAAUACAGACACAAUUACUCAAAAAUCAAGAUCUUUUGCAAUAGUAACUGAAAACACUAACCGUAAACCUAUGUGUCCAUUAUGUAAACAAGAACACUACCUAUUUAAUUGCCAAACAUUCCGUACAUUAGACGUUGAUACACGCAACACAAAGGUUGCUUCUUGGAAUAACGUGUGUAAAAAUUGUUUACGUACUGGACAUCAAAGUAAACAGUGCAGACUUACUCAUUGUAAAUAUUGCAACUUAAAGCAUAAUACUCUUCUUCACAAAGAUUUGGAUAAAGGCAAAUCUAAUAAUGUUGAGAACGUAGUGUUAUCAACAAACGCAUAUCAUCUAUCUUCAUCACCUGCUAAAGCUUCGCACGUGUUACUUUCCACAGCAUUGGUGGAAGUAGUGGGCAGGGACGGGCGAGUCCACAACGCUCGCGUUCUUCUGGACAACGGCAGCACGUCCAACUUCGUGACUUCCGAGCUCUGCGAGAAACUGGGUCUGCCGCGACGCGUCACGAGCUCCACAAUCAUAGGCAUCAAUAGUCAGGUUUCAUCCAGCACUUAUUCUUGCUCAUUAACCUUACAAUCUCGCCAUACUAACUAUAAAACAAACAUAACUUGUUACAUCUUACCUCAAAUCACAUCAUCAUUGCCUUCAACGUUCAUUUAUAGGGAACACAUACCCAUACCCAACGGUCUUCAAUUAGCCGAUCCUUCAUUCAAUAUUCCAGCAACAAUAGACAUUCUAGUAGGUGCUGAAGUCUUCUGGAAUAUUCUAGAAGCAAAUUCCAUAUCCUUAAGGAAGAAUUAUCCAGUACUACGCGAAUCAAAAUUAGGCUGGAUAAUGUCAGGUAGCAUUCUUCAAAAUCCCACUUCAAGGAAUACAAAUCAUUGUCAUAAUAUUAAUCAUUGUAAUUUCAGUGAUUCUAUUGAAUCUCAGCUCAGUAAAUUUUGGGAUUUAGAUUCCAUCUCUCCUACUCAUUCCAUGUCAAAAGACGAAUACAAAUGCGAGUCAAUCUUUAAAAAUACAACAAAACGUGACAAUGAUGGACGAUUUGUUGUAAAAAUCCCUCUUAAAGAUUCACCAGAUACUCUUGGGGAUUCAUACAAUAUGUCAAAACGUAGGUUUUUGUCUUUAGAAAGAAAACUGCAAAAUGAUGAAAAAACUAAACAACAAUAUCAUCAUUUUAUGCAGGAAUACAUAAAUCUUAAUCACAUGACUCAAAACUCAGAUUCAUUUUCAAGUAAACUUACUUCUGGUAAAUCCCAAUCUCAAGUAAAUAAUUUUUUACCUCAUCACGGAGUCAUGCGCGAAUCCAGCACAACAACCAAGCUCAGGGUAGUAUUUGACGCUUCCGCAACUACAUCCUCUAAUGUUUCCUUUAACGACAUACAACUUGUCGGUCCUACAUUACAGGACGACCUCAUAUCAAUCUUACUUCGCUUCAGACAACAUAAGUAUGUCGUUACAAGCGAUAUUGAGAAAAUGUAUAGAGCUGUCAUGCUAGACCCAUCCCAGCGAUCACUUCAACAAAUUAUUUUCAGAUUUACCCCAUUGGAACCGUUACACACUUACACAUUAAAUACACUAACCUACGGUACAGCAUCCGCACCUUACUUAGCCACGAGAUGUUUACUUGCUCUGGCAGAGGAGUGUACAGACCCUCAAACAAAACGUGCUAUAGCGCACGACUUUUAUGUUGAUGAUUUUUUAUCAGGAGGAAGCUCAGUCGAAUCUGUCACAGAACUAUGCACUAACGUUAUACAAGCAUUAGAUUCAGCAAAAUUUAAUUUACGUAAAUGGCAAUCUAAUAACCCUGAAAUUUUAAAAAAUAUUUUAGAAUUAAAGGAUGACAAAGACAAAGCUUUAAAUCUAUCAGACUCAAUGCCAAGUAAAACUCUUGGGCUCUAUUGGAACUCAGAAUCGGAUAACUUAUUUUUUGAAUUUCAGCCAAACAAAGAUUCUUUAAUAACAAAACGUAUAAUUUUAUCGACAAUUAGUCAAAUUUUUGACCCCAUUGGACUAGUUGGUCCUUGCAUAGUCGAGGCCAAAGCCAUUUUACAAAAACUGUGGAAACUCAAGUCAGAUUGGGAUGACGCAGUUCCGACUGAGUUACAAAUGCAAUAUAGCAAUUUAAUUACACUUCUUCCCUUGCUUAAAACUAUAAAAAUUCCUAGGUGGGUACUAGGUGAUGAUGCUGUUACUGUUGAGAUACAUACAUUCACAGAUGCCUCAGAACGCGCAUAUGGCGCCUGUUGUUAUAUUAAAACUAUUACACGUGAUGGGAAGGUAUGCAUUCAUCUCAUGGCUUCUAAAAAUAAAAUUGCACCCUUAAAAUCAAGCACCAUCCCUCGUCUUGAAUUAUGUGGGGCCUUAAUAGGCACACGCCUCUAUAAGAAAAUUAUUAAAUCAUUGACUAUUCAAUUAGAUAAAUCUUAUUUCUGGACUGAUUCAACUGUAAUUUUAGGAUGGCUAUCUGCACCAUCCAGUCGAUUAAAAACAUUUGUCCGAAAUAGAGUAAAUGAAAUACAUGAAAAUACUAAUAACCAGGUGUGGUGCUACGUGCCGUCAAAAGAGAACCCAGCAGACCUGGUUUCUCGUGGGGUGAGGGCUGAUACACUCAGCGUGUCCAGUCUGUGGUGGACUGGCCCGUCAUUUUUACAUUCACUUAAUGUUUCUUAUCCUACCGUAAACCCGGAAACGCUUCCGGAGACAAAUGAUAAUAUUCUUCCGGAAAUGUCCUUUGUUUCAGAUGUAUCUGAAAAUGUAAUAAAUAACCUAAUAAGUAAAAUGUCAAACUUUUCAAAAUUAGUCAGAGUAUUAGCUUACGUAAAGCGAUUUAUAAAUAACUUAAAACAUAAUGAAAUAUCAAAUAAUCUUCAUUUAACAUGUAAAGAAAUAUUAUCAGCUGAAAACUUAUUAUUAAAAUGUUCACAGCGCGACAUGUUUCCGGAAGAAUAUCACAUUCUCAAAUCAGGUCAAAGUUUACCUUCAAAAAAUAGAUUGCUUUCGUUGUCACCAUUUAUAGACUCUGAUGACGUCAUCCGUGUCGGAGGACGUCUAGAUAAUUCAUUUUAUACUUACGACAUAAAACACCCAAUAUUGUUAUGUAGUAAACAUAAACUUACUAAACUAAUUAUGGAAAAACAACACUUAAUUUCUCUUCACGCUGGCCCUCUUCUUUUAUUAUCUCAAAUUCGGCAAAAAUAUUGGCCGCUAGGUGGCAGGAACUUAGCUAAACAAGUGGUAAAUUCAUGUGUUCGUUGUGUUAGACAAAAGGCAAAAACUACACAACCUAUUAUGGGAAACCUGCCUAAAGAUAGACUACACUUAGAAUAUCCAUUUUUAAAUACAGGUGUUGAUUAUGCCGGGCCAGUGAUGAUUCUCAAUCGAAAGGGACGUGGAAGUAGACUUAUAAAAAGUUAUAUAUGUGUCUUUGUUUGUUUUGCAGUCAAGGCCUUGCACUUAGAGCUCGUCUCGGACCUCACCAAGGAAUGCUUCCUUGGCGCACUGGACCGAUUCAUCGCUCGGCGGGGGAAACCACAAACAAUAUAUUGCGAUAACGGGACCACGUUUGUAGGAGCAUUUAAUUAUUUAAUGAAACAUUGUCGUAAUGAUAUUCAAGAAAACCAAAUGGAAAUCUUCAUCUGGCAAGCUGCGGUCCGGGGCCAUGGUCAUCAUUAAGGACAAGGCCGCACCUCCUAUGAUGUGGCAGCUGGGUCGCAUCGUACGGCUCAUUCCUGGCAACGACGGGAUUGCAAGGGUUGCUGACGUUCAAACGUCAAAGGGCAUAAUCCGCCGAGCCUACAACAACAUAUGCCUUCUGCCAGUGGAUGCAGUUGAAGAAGAAGCAUCUUCAACGGCCGGGUGCAUGGUCGCGCCCCACGCAUUCAGCGCCUCCCAGGAUGGUGGGGGCACGAGCGGGGGCUACAAUAUAUAAACGUUUGCGCGCCGCGCGGGGCCCUUCUCUUUUUGCUUACGAAUCCAUACUGUCGCGGUUUCUACUUCCAUUGCUCUGUAUCUACUUAAAUAUUUAAUAGUAAACCUGUUAUCUACCAGUCUA